AUGGAGAGCUGCGUCGGCAGUGCGAAGGUGAGAGAUGGAGUGGUCGGCCUGUGGUCGGCCUGCCUCGUCAAUGGCGAAAGAUGCACGAUGAGCGACGUGAAGGUCAACUGUGCGCCGCCGCCGCCUGCGCCGCCGCCGCUUGCGCCGCCGCCUCCGCCGCCUCCGCCUCCGCCGCUUGCGCCGCCGCCACCGGAGCAGAUGGAGGUGGUAAUGUUGACCACCGUUGCUUUCUGCGCCGUCCUGGCGAUGUGCGUGCUCUUGCUCUGCGUCACCACGUUCCGGCUGCUGCUGCGCGUCGCCGCGGCGCACGACACGAGCGCGUGGACCCUCCUCGGCAUGUGGGUCGAGCGGAGCGCUCCCGCUCGCCUCGGCGUUGGCGCCGCGCGAGGGGUGCGGCGGACCUGCCGCUGGGCUUGGACACAUCUGCCCGUCCUUCCCGGUAUGCGCCCCGCCGCUGCGCCGCACGCCGUGUGGGCGCGAAUCUGCCGCAGGGCGAACAAGGAGCCGACCGAGGGCCCGCCCGACAUCGAGAGGCGUCCGUUUGUCGAGCAGCGCUCGGUGCUGGAGCAGAAGCUGUGGGGGACGUCCGCGCGCGAGGCCGCACAGCUUCGGGAGUGGCUGCAGGCGACGCGGAACACCACGCCCUUCAUCGAGGCGCUGCUCGCCUCUUCCAGCAGCACGCACCAGCACGGCCUUUGCGCUGACAUGUUCGAGUACUCAGCUGACAUGUGCGAGCACUCAGACCCCGAGGCGGGUUGGAUGCUCAUCAGGGCAUUCUCGGCGGGUAGGAUUCCCAGCAAGGAGCGGUCAGAAGCGUCGCUGAGCUUGGGGGACCUGCUUCGCUUCUGCCUCAACGAGCAGGGCGCGGGGGGCCGCAGUCUGUGGGAGGAGUGGAAGGCAGCCCUCCGCGCCACCAGGCCAAACGAGGCCACCACGGAGAGCAUGGAGGAGUCGGAGCCUGUCUCGGUGCACGAGUUCGCCGCGCUGCUGCUCUCGCCGUGCAACAGCGCCGUCGGGCGAGGGCGCGCCCCCACGGACGCGACUGAGCCGCUGUCGAGCUACUGGAUCAGCAGCUCGCACAACACCUUCCUCGAGGGCGACCAGCUCACCUCUGCGGCCUCGGCCGAUAUGUACCGCCGCCUCCUGCUCUCGGGGACUCGCUGCCUCGAGAUCGACUGCUGGGACGGUUGGUGGGGCCCGCGCGUCACGCACCGAAUGUCGGGAGGGGUCAGACUCUUCUGCGGGAGCGUCGCCUUUGGCGACGUGGUCGCUGCGAUAGCUGAGCACGCCUUCACCUCCAGCCCCCUGCCCGUGAUCCUGAGCCUCGAGAUGCACUGCUCGACGAAGCAGCAGGAGAAGAUCGCCAACGAGCUCAUCGACAGGCUGGGCGACCUUCUUUCGCGCAGCGACCGCGUCGCGAGCACGCCCCUCCGCGAGCUGCACCGGAAGGUCCUCAUCAAGAUGCGGCUCGACAAGGGAGGGGUGACCACGGACCCGCUCCUCCGCACCCUCGUCACGCUGCCCACGACCUCCUUUUGCCGACCGCUGCCGAUAAGUGAGGCCGAGGAGAGCGAGUGCUCGGGCACCUCGGCACCGGGCGGCGGCGUCGUCAGCCUGGUCGAGGAGCGGCUGGAGCGGCUGGCGAGCGAGGAAGGCGGUUGGCUGCCCGCCACGGCCAGCGAGCUCGUGCGGACCUUCCCCUCUCCGACUCGAUGGUCGUCGACCAACCCGAACCCGCUGACGGCGUGGCGCGCGGGCGUGCAGAUGGCGGCGCUCAACAUGCAGACCAACGACUUGCCGGUGCAGCUCAACCACGCUCUCUUUCGCGACAGCGGCGGCUACGUCCUCAAGCCAGCGGCGCUCCGCACGCUCGAGCAGCCGCCCCCACCCUCGGCCCGGAAGGAUCGCGAUAGCUCGCUCUGCGGUCGCCUGUCGCGCGAAGAGAGCGGCGGUGGAGGCUUGGCGCGUGCAGCCUCGGAGGUGAGGCCCCUGCUCAAGGAGUCGUCACGGCUCGGCGCCCCCGCCACAGCGGCCUCGGGGCGGGGCAAGCCGCUGUGGCCACCGCCGCGGGAGGAGGUCCUCUCCCUGCACCAGCUCCCGACGCGGGACGAGUGCCGGCCGCUGCUCGCCGAGCCGCACCACGCCUUUGCUUCGCACCUCAGCGACAGCCCCCGCCCGCCCGGCGGGGCCCGGGCCUCCGUGUCGAGCCCGCGCGUCGCCGUCGAGCUCCACGCAAUUGGAGGCUUCUGCGCCGUCGCGCGCGAGCCGCAGCCGCCGCCCGAGGCGCAAGGCGUGACCCGGCUCACAACUGCGGUCGCGGAGGGCAACGGCCUCAACCCAACCUUCGACGAGACCUUCCACUGCCUCGCGGCCGAGCCUAACCAGACCAUCCUCCGGGUGGUGGUGGAAGACGAGGGGCGGCUGGUGGCGUACGAGACGGCGGUGCUCGGCUCCCUCCGCUGCGGCUACCGCUGCCUGCACCUGCGCUCGCCCAGCGGCACGCGGAUCGACGCGUGCUGCCUCCUGCUCCACAUCUCCGAUGGGAGCGAGCCAAACACCUUCGGCACCGUCGAAGAGCUGCGCUCCAUGAUGCAGUCGCAGCGCUCGCUCAUCGCCCAGCUCUACGCCGAGCUCUCGCGGCUCGGAAGCCAGCCCUCGACGCCCAUGCUGACUCCGGGCGCCACGCUCACGGUCGGCCGCGCCUCCUACGGCGUUGCCCUCUUCCCGCUCGAUGAGCAGCACGCCUCGCGCCAACACGCCGGUGCCGCGGACGGCCGCAGCAGCGGCCCGGAGGACGCCUCGCGAAAGGACGGCGCGGCCGGCCUCGCGCGCCCGGCGUCCGAGGAGCUUGCGGGCGCUCAGCCAGGAGAUGGCGGCACGCUCACCCUGCCCCCGCCCUCGGCGCCGCCCGAUCGCAGGGCUGAAGCAAGGGCUCACCCGUUCUACGCCGGCAUCUCCCCGGCGUCAGCGCCGCAGAAGCGCCGCCAAGUAAUGCGCCCGCGCCCGCGCCCGCCCGCCGAGCCGGCUCCUCCUCCGCCCGCACGUGCUCGCGCUCGCGGGCGGCCCCGAUUCUAG